ACACCUUUUCUAAAGCAAAAUUUUAUGUAAAAAAUAAACAGAAAAUUUCUUAUUCUUUUUUAAACGUGAAUAACGUUCGUGAAUCAUACAAAAGUGCGAUAAGCAUGUUUUCGUUCCCUGCCCCAGAUAUGGUAUUCUUCUCUCAACCACCAGUGGAGGAGCAAGAACAAAUGGACUGGGUUCAAUCUCAGGAAAUGCCCUUCAACAACGGACAUUGGAUCAAUAAUCCCGUUUCGCUCUACUACCAAGGAGAGAUUCUAUAUAUGCCCAAUACAGUUCCCUUGAUCGCUCCUUCAAUACCCGAGAGAACCUAUCCUUGUCGACGGGGUCCCCACACUUUGCCACGCGAUGAAGCUACUUGGAAUUCGGCCCAGCCGAUUCUACAUAUGGCCUGGGAUGCCUUCGAAUAUGAGCUGAAAAACCGUUGUGCCUUGUGGAAAUCAUAUAGGUUGGGAUCUUUAGCCGAUCCCAUAAUCAAUCCAUCGCAGUUCAUAGCCGAAUAUAUGGUCAAGCACAUGAGUCCGGAAGUCUUCAGGGCCGGGAAUCAACCACGUUUUGGACCCUCACCUAAAAACACGACUGGUCUGUUCUUUCUAUGAACCACCCACGACGGAAGAUUUCCAUAAUCUUCAAUCGACGUCAUAGAUGUAUUGUGUCGACUCCAGGAAAUAGCAUUUCGGAAAUCUUCUGUGCAAUGGUUUGAUUUGGUUUUAACCAGAAACCAACAGAUUACAGGAUUGUAAGACUGGAACCGGGUCACUCCGAUACCAUUCAUUUCUCCUUUCCCCGUGAAUCGCCAAGAUAUUACAUGGUAUUCUGAAAAUCUCGCUGAUCGGCUCUAAUCGUAAGCAAAGCAGUCUUAAUUGUUAUUGCAACUAUUUGUAAAAUUGUCUACAAUCUGAAUUGGCAUCAUUAUAUACAGUGUACAUGGCAAACAGUCCGUUUUAAAUUGUUUUUGUAAAUAAAAAGGUGAUUUCAUUUAA